AUGUCGUCUUCCAGCGACUCACUCUCCCCCUCAGACUCUGGGAACGGGAGUUUGGAGGGUGGGAGUGUGUGUAUGAUUAGGUCUGGGACGGAUCCAGACCCGGGGGCGAUGGUAGGAGCCUUUAAUGGCUCAGGGAUCACAGAAGCGCGGGUCGGCGCUUCCGCAAGCUGGCAGUCCACAGGCGCCAGACUGCCAUUAACCUGGCCUGGAAUCGACGUAGGACAUGUUGUCUGUGUCAAUUCUGGGCAUACAGGCGAAGCGGGUCGCCAGGGGACAGUGGCAAGAACCACUGGGCAAUUUGACCUGGAAAAGGUCAGGUUGCGCGGGUGCUCAAUAGGGGCUGGUGAUUUAACAGCCCUAGGAAAAGUCGAUGCGCAGGGCGCAUCGGUGAGCUGGCGCUCAGCGGAUGCUGAGACGCCUUUUUCCCCACAUGGAACCGGUAGGGAUACGGUUGCUUGGACCGUAUUGGACCUCUCGGAGCGAGAGGAAUGUGUAUGGACCAUAGAUUUGGCUGGCCCAGAGAAAGUCGAAGCGUGGAGCACUUCAGACCUCAGGCACUCAGCGGAUGCUGAAAUGCUCUUAUCCCCACAUGGAACAGGUGGGGAGAUGGUUGUGUGGACCAUCUUUGACUUCUCACGAUGAGAAGGAACGGUUGUGGCCAGGGAUUUGGCCUGCCCAGAGAAAGCCAAAGCGCUGGGCGCUUUGGUGAGCUGGCACUCAGCAGAUGCUGAGGUGCCUUCCUUCUG